GUAGGCAAAUCGCAAAGUACGAAAACUGUCAAAAUGAAAACUAAAUAUUCCGCAAUUUUGUUACAACUCAUUACCAUUUUAUUAGAGCUUAAUUUUUUGCAAGCGCUUUAUAGUGACCAUAAAAAAGUAAUUGAGCUUACACCGAACAAUUUUGAAAAGUUGGUUGUAAAAAGCGACGAAGUAUGGGUGGUAGAGUUUUAUGCACCAUGGUGCGGAUAUUGCCAAGACCUUGUUCCAGAAUAUUCCAAAGCUGCUUACGUUUUAAGAGGAGUUGCAAAAGUUGGAGCUGUGAAUGCAGAUCAACAUAAAGAGUUAGCUGCAACAUACACCAUUAGAGGUUUUCCAACUGUUAAAAUUUUUGGUGCUGACAAAUUGAAACCUGAGGAAUAUAAAGGAGGUAAAACUGCUAAAGAAAUAGCAAAAGCAGCUUUAAAAUCCAUUAAAGAAAAAGUUAUAAAUUUGCUCGAAGGAAAGAAACAACAGACAACUUUGAAUUUGAAUAAAGAGCACGUAAUCACUCUUACUGAUAAAAACUUUAAUAACCUUGUGAAGUAUUCAGACAACCCAUGGAUGGUAUUGUUUUAUGCUCCAUGGUGUGGACAUUGUCAAAAUCUCGAACCACAUUGGAAUGCUGCAGCAAGACAGUUAAAUAAAAUAGUAAAAUUUGGUUCGUACGACUGCACAGUCUACAGCAGUAAAUCCAAAGAAUACAGAAUUCAAGGCUAUCCAACAGUAAAACUUUUUAUUCCCAAAGUCAGUCCAAUAGACUAUGAUGGUGGUCGAAAUGUAGCAGAUAUUGUUUUAUGGGUAUCACAGAAAAUUGAAACGUAUUUACCCAACCCCGAAUUAUUGGAAAUUAUAAGUAAAAGUGUAGUUAUUCGUGAAUGUGAAGAAAAAAACCUCGCUAUAAUAAGUUUUCUUCCCGAUAUCUUAGAUUGUCGUUCGUCAUGUCGUAAUUCAUAUCUCGACAUUCUUAAAGAUUUAUCAGUACGCUUUAAAAUAAAUAAAUGGUGUUGGUUAUGGUCUGAGGCUAAUGCUCAGCCCCAAAUAGAGCGAGUCUUACAAAUUGGCGGUUCUGGAUAUCCAACUUUAGUUGCAGUCGAUUACAACAACAGAAGUUUUGCAACGUUUGUAGGUGCCUUCACUCAAGGCAAUUUGUAUGAUUUUUUGUCUAAUAUUCGCGCUGGAAAUGGACACAAAACUCCGAUUCUGGUCAAAACUUUUCCUGCAGUUUUUGUCGUUGAUCCUUGGGACGGUAACGAUAAAGAUGUUUCAGCUUCUAAUGAAAAGGUUGAGCUGUAGUAUUUAUCUUGUGAUUAUUCUGUAUUUAGUUUAAUAAUUGUUUUAUUUAUUUGUGUAAACAAUUAUAAAAAUAAAUCUUGUUUUUGAC